GCUUGGGUAUAUAUCUAACUCUGAUCGUUAUGGCGGAGAUGAUGCAUUUGCUCGAUAAAGGGAAUACCAAAAUUCUUAUGAGUCAUUUAGUUGGCAGUAUAGCUGAUUAUGUCGAAGUUUUAACAUUUAUCAAAUUUUGUUACCUUUUUUAUUCACCUGUCACAUUUCACAAACCCUAUAUAAACAAAUUUGGGUAUGCACCGAAAAAUAAAACGAAAUACGAUACCCAAAAUCCAUCCAGAGUCGGUGCGAAUUUGGAUAAUCUUCUUCUUCUUUUCAGGCACAGGCAAAACGCAGAAACCCUAAACAACAAUAAUUCCCUUUUGUACAGAAAGAAUUACAAGUUGGUUAAAAUGGAAGGAUUAGGGGGUGAUGCUGCCUCCCCAAUGGGACCGCUAACCAAGUGGAAAACGGAAUUCUCACGGGUCUUCCAGAUUUAUCUGGAUAAGUCAACACCUCUUCCUGUUCAAAGGUGGCUCGGGACGCUUGCUGUUGCGUCAAUUUAUGUGUUGCGGGUCUAUUAUCUUCAAGGGUUUUACAUUAUCUCGUAUGGUCUUGGGAUUUAUAUCUUGAAUCUCUUGAUUGGAUUUCUGUCACCUAAGGUUGAUCCAGAGCUAGAAGCUUUGGAUGGGGCUUCAUUGCCUACAAAAGAUUCUGAUGAAUUUAGGCCUUUUAUCCGCCGCCUUCCCGAGUUCAAGUUUUGGUAUGCCAUCACAAAGGCAUUCAUUGUAGCCUUCUUGAUGACAUUCUUUUCUCUAUUUGACGUCCCUGUUUUCUGGCCAAUACUGCUCUGCUAUUGGAUUGUCUUAUUUGCGCUCACUAUGAAGCGUCAAAUCAUGCACAUGAUUAAAUACAAAUACGUCCCAUUUAACUUCGGAAAGCAGAAAUACGGCGGGAAGAAGUCAACUGCAACUGGUGGUUCACCAAAUCACCGAGGUUGAAGAAGCAGCUGCCUAGGAUUAAGAUUAGUGUAGGAGUACCUCUUGAGUUCUAAUGUUUUGUUGAUUAAGCGCAAAUGAUUCUCUAAUAAUAAUAUUGUCUGCUGGUUUAUUUGCAA